AUGGCAGGGCGCGACUUUUGGACAAGUCUACGAAGCUGGAUUGCCGAGACCUUUGCGUUUCUUCAGUCCUCUGAUUGGGGUUGGCGCAAUCUAAAUUUCAAGUCCCUCGCCAGCUUUGAUUUUCAGCGAAAGGAACUAGAACGCAGUGGGCCGAUACCGGAUCGACAUAAACCACAAGCUGUCGAGCUGAAGAACGAAAAAAAAAAUCUGAUAAGAUCAAACGACGGAGUGACAGCCGGAAGACCGCGCAAUUCAGAGCAAGGACCAGGGCCCAAAAAGAAAUUGCUAGCAAGACUUGGCUGGUGGAGCAGCGCUGGCAUGGAUUCAGUCGAUGCCCACAUAUUGCCGACCCUAUAG